GGAGGGGAGGCGGGCGAGAGAGACAGAGAAGGGUGCGGCCGGAGCGGAGCGUGACCUCAGUGCCGGGGAGCUUCUGCUCGGCGCCAGAGGGCGGGCCGCUCGGGCGCUCGGUCCCUUCCCUCCCUGCCGCGCCCGUCCACCGCUCUCCGGCGGCCGCGGUGGGAGAGCCGGGGCCUCAUUGGCCCGCCGGCCCGACCUUGGCCUAAAUCAGAGCGCUGGGCUUUUGCUCGGGCCAUCUGCCCGCAGCCCGGCCGCACGCCCUGCGGCCGCUCCCGCCGGGUGAGUACCGCGUGCGUCUCUCCCCCAGACCGGCCCGGGCCCCCUGGCGAAGAGCCGCAGCGCCGCGAGAGGGAGGCCCGUCCGGCGUCCAGCCCCGGGCCAGCGCCCACCAGGUUCGGAGCUCCCGCGCACCGUCCGGGGACGCCGCACGGCGUCGCUGCCCCGGGCGGAGCCGCCGUGUCGGUGGCCGAAGGUGCUGGGCGCCCGGCGUUCCCGCAGCUGCGACCCGACAGCCCCGAGGGCCAGCGCCCGGGGCCGCCCUCGGGGUCCCCGCCGGGCGUCGGCCACAGCGGUGCCAGCCCGGGGCCCUCUCCGUCCCCUCGCAGGUGAUGGGAGCCGCGGGCCUGGCCGCUGCUCGGGGCGGCGCCCCCUGGGCUCUCCUCCUGGCCGCACUGGGCGCCGCGGCGGCUCAGCCGGGAGGCGAGGAGUCCAUCUGCACCGCCGGGCCGCUGGCUCGGUACCGCGUCACCUUCACGGGCAAGUGGAGCCAGCCGGCCUUCCCGAAGCAGUACCCCCUGUUCCGGCCGCCCGCGCAGUGGUCCUCCCUGCUGGGGGCCGCGCACAGCCCCGACUACAGCCUGUGGAGGAAGAACCGGCGCGCCAGCAACGGGCUGCGGGACUUCGCGGAGCGCGGCGAGGCCUGGGCCCUGAUGAGGGAGAUGGAGCUGGCGGGGGAGCGGCUGCAGAGCGUGCACGCCGUGUUCUCCGCGCCCGCCGUGCCCAGCGGCACGGGGCAGACGGCCGCGGAGCUCGAGGCGCACGCCCGGCACUCGCUGGUGUCCUUCGUGGUCCGCAUCGUUCCCAGCCCCGACUGGUUCGUGGGCGUCGACAGCCUGGACCUGUGUGACGGCGACCGCUGGCGGGAGCAGGUGGCCCUGGAUCUUCACCCCCACGACGCCGGCACAGACAGCGGCUUCACCUUCUCCUCCCCCAACUUCGCGACCAUCCCGCAGGGCACGGUGACCGAGAUAACGUCCUCCUCUCCCAGCCACCCGGCCAACUCCUUCUACUACCCACGGUUGAAGUCCCUGCCUCCUAUCGCCAGAGUGACCCUGGUGCGGCUCCCGCACAGCCCCAGGGGCUUUGUCCCGCCUGCCCCGGGCCUGGCAGGCUGGGACAACGAGGCCACGGACAGCCUCUCAGUUCCAGAAACGCCUCUGGACUGCGAGGUGUCCCUGUGGUCAUCCUGGGGGCUGUGUGGGGGUCCCUGCGGCAAGCUGGGAGCCAAGAACAGGACUCGCUACAUCCGCGUGCAGCCGGCCAACCACGGGGUGCCCUGCCCUGAGCUCCAGGAGGAGGCGGAGUGUGUCCCUGACAGCUGUGUCUGAGCCCUCGCCGCCAGGCCUUUCCGGUUGCUGGGGUCAGGGCCACAGCCAAGCGGGGAUCGCCUCACCUGCCUGUGCUCGGCCGCGGACAGGCCCCGGCAGACGCGCUGGCGGUCAGGACACAUGGGAGGCGCCUCCUGUGCGGACUUUCCUCCCAGACACCUGUCUGGAGUGUGCACCCCUGACUCAGCUCAGGGGCCUCUGCUGCCAUGCCCUGGCUGGUCACUGCCACGCGGGAGGCUGUCUUCCCUGCAGGGGGCCUGUACCCAGUGCCCCUCGGACGCUGCAGAACCACACACCCAGGCACAGGAUCCCACACCCCACGUGGCUGUGAAGCGCCUUGGACCUGGUCGUCCACACAGCUGCUGGCACACAGCCCACCGCCAGCCCUGCUCCUCAGAGAGGCUGCCACCGGGCAGGAGACCUGUGGGAGCUAAGCGGGGCAGGCGCCAAUGCCUCACUGUGGCCUUGCCCUUUUACUGGUGUCUCUGCACUUGAAUAAAGACUAGUUGUUCCUGA